AUGAGGCGCACGGGUUCGAGCAGUGGCAAGGCCCAGGCUGAGGAGGGGAGCGCGCAAAACACCAAGGUGCAGAGGAUCCAGAUCCCCACUACACGCCGUGGCAGGCAUCGUCAGACCGGAGGACCACCCGUUCCUGCAGCUCCAGCCAAAACUGGGUUUUACAUGCUGAGCGGGGAGCUGUCCGGGAUGCGGCAAAGUAUUAAGGCCCGUCUGGACCGUGGCGAUGUGGGUGGGUUGCCUCUCAGGCGAUCCCUCAAGUCUGGAGAAGGAUUGCUGCAGCCAUGGAGCGUGGGCCCCAAACGCACCCUGCUCCUGUUGUGCCCUUUCCUCCUCCCCACUCCAUCUCCGUUCCACCCGCUCCACCAGGAGCCAUCGCCAUUGCCAUUCCGAAAAAAUAAUAUCAUGUACUGUGGGCGUUCAGUGCCUCCAUCUAUCACCAGUAUUGACAGCCUACUCACCCUGCUGUUUGUGUCUGACUCAAGUUUAGUCAGCGAGGGAUUUUCUGCCAGCUAUGUUUCCAUCAAUGCUACCACAGACUGUAGUGAGACGUUCACGUCCCCUACAGGGUCCUUCUUUUCACCCAACUUCCCUGACAACUAUCCCAACAGAAGAGACUGCAUCUUCAAGAUCAUUGUGCAGGUCAACAUGCAGAUUAGGCUGAACUUCACCAGCUUUGAGCUAGAGGGCUCCCCUCCUUCUUGCAACUUUGACUUUGUGGAGAUCAGUCCCACUGGACGUGUAGCACCAGACACUGACGCAGGGCUUAUAGCAGAGGGAUUCCCGGACUAUUGCAUCAGCGGUCAGUACCCUCUGGUUCAGAAUAUGACGGUGACAGAGGGUGGGACGGCGAACCUGACCUGCCGUGUGGAGUAUAAUGACAACACCUCCCUCCAGUGGUCAAACCCAGCACAGCAGACCCUCUUUUUUGGGGACAAAAAAGCUUUAAGGGACAACAGGAUUGAGCUGGUACAUGCAUCGUGGUCGGAGCUGACCAUCAGUAUCAGUGAUGUCACACUGUCUGAUGAAGGCAUGUACACCUGUUCUCUCUUCACCAUGCCCGUCAGAACAGCCAAAGCCUACCUGACGGUUCUAGGUGUGCCAGAGAAGCCAGAGAUCGAUGGCCUGACGAAGCCUGCCAUGGAGGGAGACCACAUCACUCUGACCUGCAUCACUCAGGGCAGCAAGCCUGCCGCCGACCUGCGCUGGUUCAGGAAUGAAAAGGAGAUCAAAGGUGCCAAAGAGGUGAAUGCAAGCGGGAAGACAUUUACAGUACGGAGCUCUCUGCAGCUGCACGUGGACAGAAAUGAUGAUGGAGUGGCCUACACCUGCAAAGUGGACCAUGUGGCACUCACACAGACACCACAGCAGGCCACUGAAGUACUGGAGGUCCACUAUGCUCCUCGUGUGGAGAUCGUCCACUCCCUUGCAGUCCCUCAGGAGGGUCAGUACCUAAAGUUGGAGUGUAUUUCCAGAGGAAACCCCCCGCCGGAUCCUGUGAUGUGGACAAAGGACGGGGGUGAACUUCCUGACCUGGACCGGAUGAUCGUAGAGGGGAGGGAGCUCACCUUUACUUCACUCAACAAGACAGACAAUGGCACCUACCGCUGCGAAGCUAGCAACCACCUAGGGACCAGCAGUGCUGAAUAUGUACUCUAUGUCUAUGACGUCCCCACAACCCUGCCUCCAUCCACCACUCCCCCCCUACAUCCCAUCCCUCCAGAUCCUACUGCACUAUUAGGCACCCACGCCUCAGACCCCACAGUCACAGGCAACAGAGAUCCAAACGCUGUGGGGCAGCAUGGCACUGACCAUGCCUUGAUCGGAGGAGUGGUGGCUGUAGUGGUCUUUGUCACCUUGUGUUUAAUCAUUGUCCUGGGAAGAUACCUGGCCAGGCAUAAAGGAACAUACUUGACAAACGAGGCCAAAGGAGCGGACGAUGCGCCCGACGCCGACACAGCCAUCAUCAACGCCGAGGGCAACCAUGCACACGCAGAAGAAAAGAAAGAAUACUUCAUUUAGACUGCAGAGGGAGCUGUGCAGCUCUCUCCUUCCCCUUUCCCCCUUUCAAUCUCUGUAUCUCUUUUUCUCUCUCCCUCUGUCUCCCCCUUUUCUUCUCCACCUUUGACCACUGUUCCCGUCGUGUCAACGAGGAACCCACAGGCAGUCCACAGGCAGAGAGGUUCCCCGAGUGUUUUCCUAUUAUUGCCUUUUGUUGAGCCCAUUUCUAUCAUUUACAUCUUGUCCUUUAUUUCGUUCUUUCUUUCUUUUUUGGCAGCCAGUGUUCACAGGCAGCUUGCCAUUGCUGCUGAAGUUGUCCCCUUUUUCAUAUUGUUCCUCAUGUUUGACAUGAAUGCCUGGAAGUCUGUAUAUCUACCAUGACUGCUUCUUACAUGGCCCCCUGUUCAUCCUCUCUCCUGUUUUCCCCCAAGCAGACACCCAAACACAUAACUAUAUCCCCUUUGUUCACACACGACCACAAACAAAUAUCAUAUCUCACAUCAACACGGUGCCUAAAAAUACAGACGCCACUGAACUUCUGUCAAUGCCUUCAUGUAUCGUCUGUCAGUAGCAAUGUAAAUGCUUCGUAGAUGGUUAACUCGACCAUCAUUUCAUUGCUUAGCUCACAGCUUUUGAUUAUGCAUUGCGUCUUUUUUAUUUGAAAUGAAAAAUAUUUGCUGUUUUACGCCUUAUACAUGUCUAUCACACUGAAUAUGGUACUUUUAGAUGAUCCACCUCCCACAAACCCCAUCCCCUCUUAAUAGACUUGUAAUUAAAACAGUUGACCCUUGUAAGAUAAGAAGAAGGUUUUGUGUAAAACUGUAGCAAGGUUUGUCAGAUAAGUAUAUAAUAUGAUUUUCAUUAUUAGGGUAGGGGUAAUAAAGGGUACUGUGGUAUUGUUUAGAGCAGAGAAUACACAAAGCAUUCCAUCAAAUAAACUCAAUCAAGUAUAUAAAACCAUUUGCUAAAUCUGCUGUCCCUAUGUACUUUUGUCUGUAUAUUCCUGCACUGUCCAGGCUGCAGUUUAGCGAAACACCAACACCUUCAGUGUCCUCUUGACAGCUUACGUAGUUUGUGAUCCACAUUAAGGGUUCAGGUGUACAGAAAGAGUCAAUCUCCUCUCUCUAAAAGCUGUAUAAAUUGUACUGAAAUGAGUUUAGCUUUUCACUUUGAAUUAUUUUGUUUAUGAUUAUGUCACAUUGGAAUAAUAUUAAGGCUGAAGGACCCUGUGAAAUGUAAAAUGAACCAUUAGGAGUUAAUACAGACAAAAACAGGUACUCAGUUACAGUAUGUACAGGCAAUUUAGUGUUAAAUUAGUUUUCCUCAGUCUUUCACUAAUGUCAUUUUGAUUGAUACCUCUUGUGCACUUGGGGUCCAGGCAGCUUUCCACAGUGGUUUGUACACACGUUUCUGUUCAUUUACUGGCUCACAGAGAAGCAUCCAAUCAUAGUAUUACCACGGUAUCUACAAACAGUAAUAACAUCCGGUUCACUACAAAUCCUUUUUUGUUUGUAUUGUCACCUCCAAAUUUCUGUUUUCCAGUUUCUAACGAUGGAGUUAGAUAUCACCAACAUGUCGCACACUCCCACGUCGUAAACUGCAUAAUUUCUCUUCUUAUUUCCAUUUUGUCAGAGUCACUCUCCAUGAACUGAUCUUUGAUUUCCAUUUCAUGGGGUCUUCAAGCAAGAGAAAAAAGGGAAAUAGUGUGUGAGUGCUGGGUCAUAGAUCUGCAGGGGCCUCCUUUCCAAACCUAAAAAACUGAUAAAUAGAGAAGCACAAAAAUGUCUGAAUGAGUAUGUAUUCCUUUGCUAACGACUAGAUCGCCUUGGGAUGGUUCUCCUAUUAAAAUGGGUAGUGGAAAGCUGACAAGGCUGUCUUUGAUUCAAUUCUGGAAAAAAAUAAAACAGCUCAUCUUUUUGAAAAUGUAAGCUAAAUCAUGUUUUUUAGAAAAAUGAUGUUUCUAAUAUUUUUGGUUUAAAUGGUUCUAAGCUCCCCGCUGUAUAUUGUGUCUGCUAAAAUGUGGUUGAUUGUGAAAAUUGCUGUUAAAUUCUGGAUUCCCAUAUUCCUUAAAAUUUGUAUAUUAGCCACCAUAUCUAUUUACUUUUUUCAUUUUUGAUUGCAUACUUAUUAGAAAACUUUGAAACAAGUGUAUUUUGUUUUGGCAAAGGGCAUGUAAAUAAUGUGUGAAAACUAAACUUUGGUAAUACACAUUAGCGUGUUUUUGUUUGGUUCUUUUUCAUGUUUAAUUUAUUUCAAUUGAAUUUAUUUAAGAAAGAACCACAAUGGAAAUAUGUUUGUAACUCAAUAUUGGAGAACAGUGGCUUCUUGUGUUUGUGGCAUGCUCUUGGGUGCUACAGAACUGAAGGAUUUGGUGUUAGGGAAAAUAUGAUAAACAACAAAAGAAAAUUACAAAACUAUCUGGAAAAAUUGUUGGCCUUUUGUCCACAGAAAUAUGAGAAAAUGUGCAUCUGACUUCACCAAAUCCUUCAAUUGGAAUUCAAAGGCAUUAAAAGAAGUUUUACCUUCAUGUUAGAGGCAAUGUAAGUUUCACACACUAAAAGAAACUAUCCUAGUAAACAACUUCAGUUUCUUUUCAUAUAUCCCUGCCAUUUGUCUUUCAUCAGUUUGCAGGAAUUUGGCUGAUUUACUCUCCUGUGAAAGAGCGAUAAACAUGUGGCCUCUGGAACUAAAGACCUAAAGACAAGGCACUAAUCUACUAAGAGGGAGCAAAUUAUUACCAAGGGCAAUAAAAUAGUGGGCCCAGCUGUCUCCAAUUCGAUGGCCAAUUUACAACAUUAUGCAAAUAAGGUCAGCAAGUAAGGUCUUUUUCUGUGUGUGUUAUAAGUCAAGCACUGCUGGAGUGAAUCACAAGUUGGGAAUCAUUAGAUUGAUCACCUCACAUGUAGAAAUUUAGGUUUUAUAUGAUUUUAAAUGCAUUAAUUAUUCGUUUUUAAAAUGCAGAAGCUUUGUCAAAGUUUCCAUAUUUUACAAUAUCAGUGCAGUUCAACCAAUAGACCACGAUUUACAGGUUUAACUUCAGUCUCACCAUGAACCUUCAGUAGGUCCAGACUAAAGUGUUCUAGACUGGCUCUGGUCUUUAGAAACCUUCUGUAUCACAAGUGUGUAUAGAUACAUUUAUCACAAUGAUGUAAUGUAAUGUCUUGUUCUUUUUUUUUUUUAAACUUUUCUAUGUAGUUAUUUUUCAAUGUGUCUUAAAUCAAUGACGGUGUCAAUCAAAUUUUCGGUUUUCUCUACGCUUAUGUAUCCAUCUGACAAAUAAGAGAGUGGUCGAAUCAAUUUGUUGAUUCUGAAGUCAGAGAAACAGGCUGUUUUAUAUUAAAUGAACACUCAUAAAUAACCAGGUCUGCUGUGAUGAGUUGGUGUUUGCAUUAGAAAUGAAACAGGUGCCAUUUACUGAAUUAUGCACUCUGACUAAUUUGAUGGAUACUUCUUAGUGAAUGGUGAAAUGUAUUUUGUUUUGUAAAUAUUUGUUUUGACAUGACAGUAAUGAGCUAAUUUGUUGCAAAUGGCUUUUUAUGAUAGUUAGACCAAACCUGAAUCUUUUUUUAAUUUGUUAUUCUAACAGCCUGGCACAUAACAUCAUGCACUAUUUUGCUAUGACAGAAUCAACUGUAGCUUGGGGUCAGUUAUUAGUCGUAUUUCUUUUUUGUUGUCGGUUGAAACUAAGCUUUAAACUUGUUGCCUCCUUGUUUUCCAACAUAUAUCAGUUCGGUUAAUAUCCAAUGGGCCUCUAAUUUCAUCCUGGUGGCAAGAUAGUAAUAGCACUAAUGUAGUCGCAGUGACGUCUUAUUUGGGCACAAGUCCAUUUUUUUUAUUUAUCUCCAUUUUGGCUCAUUUUCAAAUUUUGUGAACAAUUUUCAUUUUGGCAGUUUUGUACAGGUACCGACCAAAAAACAUUCAUGUAUGCAUGAGUUUGAAUUCUCAUUAAUUACAUAUUUAAUGCGAUAAAGCAGUUUGUAAUAGGUUCAAUUAAUGGGAGAUUUCCAGCAGUAUUGUCAUUAACAACUGCUUGUACAUCGUAGUAUCGUUUCCUUUCAGGUGAUUAAACCUGUAGCCAUCAGCAGCAGGAGUCAUAUGUGUGUGUUCAGCUGUAUUAGGCAAUUUUAAUAUAUUAUAAGUUAAUUUAGAUGUUGACUAAGUGCACUGAUAUAAUUAUUUUAUAAAAUUACAUAUCAUUUCACGACAUUUCAGCUAGUCCUGAAAUGUAAAUUCAUCUUAAAAAAGGGAGAAAAUCCUUGGACACAUAUUUGGGGAGCUGUUUAUUUGUGCCUUGUGACUCUGCACCUACAGUUUACUCCUUUACUCUCCCCCCACCUUCUUUUAAAGAGGGAUGAGAUGAGCUGAUUGGUGAUUGUUGAAGCUCAUAAAAACUGCAUUAUGUAUUCAUCAUGCUAGAACCUCAUCAUGCUAGAACCUUUUCACCGCACUGCACUACCCCAGGAGCACCUCUGGUCACAGAAUAUUGCAGUUACAGUCAGGCACACACAUUUGGCUCCAAGUUUGCCCUGGCAAUUGUCUCCAUUUUCAAGAAAUUAGAGGCCCAUACCAACUAAAAACUCAAAAUCCCUGAUUAAAAAGGGAUGGAUAAGAAAGUAAUGGCCACUUUAAGUCUAUACAAAAUCCUUUUCUUUUUUAACUGGUUUAUAUUUUGUUUUAACUCGUGGUUUUGUUGGUUCUAUUCUCCAUAGCAGUGAUGAUAGCAUGACAUGGCCAAGUCCAGUCCUAUUUCUCCUCCUCUGACCCUUCAUAUGUCUUUGCUGUACAGUUUGGCUUCAGUGCACUUCUUUGUUCCUCUGCAAUAUUGACACUAGAGUCAAUCAGUCCAAUCUCCAAAUUGUCACAAUGAUGACAGCAACAUGUGACACAACCACAUGAAGUGAUGUUUUGAUCUUUUAUUUUAUUUUUGAUUAUAUCUGUUUCUUUUGUUUUGCAUCUCAGGAAUAUAUUUCAUUUAGAGACUUUUUUGUUUGUCUGUUUUCUGUCUUUAAAAGGGGACUCGUGAGCAUUCCCACUCUGCAAGUCCCCGAAUGCUGACACCAUGUAUUUUGUUGAGUUUAAGAUUAUCACAAUGUUAAUAAAAUUAUUCAGUGAUUCUUCAGUAAUUCUGUCAUCUUGCUGUCAUUGGGAUAUUAGACUUAAGAAAGAGUUUUUUUGAUAUGAUCACUGAUUUCAAAUUCUGAUAUUUAGAAAUAUGCUGCAAAUAAUCAUGAGUUUCAAGAAUGAUAGAAGUUGUGUUCAUACACAAUGUUCUCUAAUUUUAGCUUAUGGUGUGUAAGCAUUUCAAUGCUUUUGUUCUCCUUGUAGCAACACAUCUUUAUGUAUAGCGGUCAGUCACUCACAAAAUACAGAAUAUCCACAGUAAAGUUCAGUAAAGAUCAGGAUUAGAGCUAGACACAUUAGUUCAGCUUCUGAUGUACCUUGGUGAAAUAAGAGGUUUCAUAUCAAGCUGUACUGAGAGGGCUUGAUUCAAUAUAUUGCACCGUAAUGGAGGUGUUUUUCUCCCAUUGUCUGUGGGAUUUAUUAUAUUUAAUUUAGAGGUUUGUUCUCAUGUAUGAAAUAAAAAAUGUUGAAUAAA